GAAGAUGAUCCCUCGCAACGCAGAUAAGCGAGGGUUGUGUAGAAGUGAAAGUACUGUUAUUAGUCAACUUGUAGCUGCUAGAGCAGCUAGCUGUAGGGGCUGGAGAGGCGACUUUGGAAAAAAACACUGUGAUUUCCAUGAAAUAUGAUGGCUCAGUCAGAUUUAGACCUAAAAGAGACGGCUCUAAAAGAGGAUUUGAAAUUUUACUUCAUGAACCCAUGUGAAAAAUAUAGAGCAAGACGUCAGAUACCAUGGAAACUGGCUUUGCAGAUUUUGAAGAUCCUUAUGGUGACUACACAGCUUAUCUUCUUUGGUUUGAGUAACCAGCUGGUGGUUUCAUUCAAAGAGGAAAACACUGUUGCUUUUAAACACCUAUUCCUGAAAGGCUAUUCUGGUGUUGAUGAAGAUGACUACAGCUGCAGCAUAUAUACACAGCAGGAUGCUUACGAUAGUAUUUUUUAUGUUAUUAAUCAGUACAAACAAUUAAAGAACAUAUCCUUGGGGACGCUUGGUUAUGAACAUGAUGGAUCAGGUUUAAAAAUUUGUAAACAGCAGUACAAGAAAGGUGCAAUGCUUCCUUCCAAUGACACACUGAACAUAGACAUUUCUACUGAAACAGAAUGUAUCAUUUUAAAGCCACAGGAGCUGGCCAGUAAAAAUGCUGAACUGAAGUUGAACUCUUCAUUCUUCAAUCUUGAAUUUUAUAGGCUUAUACAGGUUGAAAUCUCCUUCAAGCUGAAAGGCAUUGCCCUACAAACAAUCCAUGCCCGUGAAUUGCCUGACUGCUAUGCAUUUCAAAAUACUAUCACUUUCAAUAAUAGAGCUCACAGUGGAAAAAUCAAAAUCUAUUUUGAUAGUGAUACUGAUAUUCAAGAAUGCAAAGACUGGCACAUACUUGGUUCUGUUCUCCAGAAAAACAGUCAGUAUAUUCUAGUUUUUGAUGGAUUUGUCAUCUUAAGUUGCUUAGCAUCUCUUAUCCUCUGCACACGAUCCAUUAUUCUUGCCUUGAGGCUGCAAAAAAGAUUUGUGAACUUCUUCUUGGAGAAAUACAAGCGUCAUGUCUGUCAUGCUGAUCGCCUGGAGUUCAUAAAUGGAUGGUAUGUCCUAGUCAUUAUCAGUGAUGUGAUGACAAUCAUUGGGUCAAUCCUAAAAAUGGAAAUAAAAGCCAAGAAUCUUACAAGUUACGAUGUCUGCAGCAUUUUACUUGGAACAUCAACUUUAUUUGUGUGGGUCGGAGUCAUCAGAUACCUGGGAUAUUUUCAAACCUACAAUGUGCUCAUUUUAACUAUGCAAGCGUCAUUGCCCAAAGUGCUAAGGUUUUGUUGUUGUGCUGGGAUGAUUUAUCUUGGCUAUACUUUCUGUGGCUGGAUUGUAUUGGGACCUUACCAUGAAAAGUUUGAAGAUCUGAACACGGUGGCCGAGUGUCUGUUUUCUUUGGUCAACGGUGAUGAUAUGUUUGCAACAUUUGCUCAAAUCCAGCAGAAAAGCACGUUGGUGUGGGUGUUCAGUCGGUUAUAUCUGUAUUCCUUCAUUAGUCUGUUCAUUUACAUGAUCCUCAGCCUUUUUAUUGCACUCAUCACUGACUCCUAUGACACCAUAAAGAAAUACCAGCAAAGUGGGUUUCCAGUAACAGAUCUACAUGAAUUUCUAAAAGAUUGUGGCAAUGUUUGUUACAGAAAACAACAGGCUUCCAUGCCAUCCAUCUGUUGCUGUAGAAGGCGACAAAGUGAUGACAACUUAAUACUCAUUAAUUGAUGACUCUGCAUUGAAAUUCACCACUAAUGUAUGCAAAGAAAGCAUAGUUGUAUGGAGAAUAAUAAUUCUCCAAAUAGCAACGAAACCCACUAUCUGGACCUGCCUCGUUGUGAACAGACUAAUUGGACCUAAUUAAGGUGUUGGGGAAGAAAAGCUGCUAAUGUGACCUCAGCUGGCUGAUCAGGAAAAGAGCCCAGCUGGUCUGGAGGAGACCUGUGAAGAACUCUACAUUCUUGCCCCAAGUUUUGUCACAUUAAAGAAGGCUGAUCCUUGAGAAGUGUCUAUGAGAGCUGUUUGCUAAUCAGCUCCAGGAGGAAGAAAAGUGGUGCUGAACCAGCAGUUCUUCUUAAAUAUCAUCCAUGUAUGUCUUAUUAAAAAUAAUUCCAUGGUAAAAACAAAAACACAUGCACACAAAAAUAAA